AUGUGGAGACAAUACGUGGGCCUUGAAUGCUUUCUCGAGCGUCUGCUAGGGCGGUCAAAUUUGGUGGGAAAGUCGGACUCCGAUGCGGCAAUGCCGCAUAAGACAACGCAUAUUGCCACCGCUAUUCGCUUCAUUGAGCCCAGUGUCUAUCGCGAUGCUUCAUUAGGGCCGCCCUCUGAAGAUGUCUCCCUUCCUAGCAGUAUUGCAGCCCAUGUCGGCCACCCCGAUCAGGUAUACGAGAUAGGAGCAAAGUUCUUCCAGGCGACAUCUCUUUGGAUGCCCAUUGUUUGCAGGAAACGUUUCUAUGCUGAUGCACUUAACCCGAUUUCUCCCUAUCGGCGAGGCCUCAUCCUCUUGGCUCUGACGAUGAAACUUUACUGCGCACCAGCCUCUGAGAAUGGUAAUGACGAACGAUGGCCGCUCUAUCAGUUGGUCAAGACGUUUUACGCGGAUGUAGAGGCCACUGGUCCGAUGUCUGUGCAUAUUCUCCAGGCUGCGGUAUUCAUUGCAAUCUAUGAGAUCGACCAGGCUAUUUAUCCCUCCGCAUACCUGAGUGUGGGUCGGGUUGGGGACAGUAAACCUGGGCUUUCAGGGGUAGACAUCGAAGAGCACAGACGUGUUUGGUGGGCCGUCCUGAUGCUAGAUCGACUCCUGAAUAUAGGAGACCCGAGCCGACCUUUAGCGACAGAAGAACCAACGUUCGACAGUUUUCUACCUAUAACUGACAAGGACUUUAACGAUGGUACCUUUCGGCCGGAAGAUGCCAUCACGAUAUCCACUGGAUUCAAUCAAAAGACGAGCCUCUUUGGUGGCCUUGCUCAAGCAACCUAUUUGCUUGGCCAGACAAUCAAAUCCAUUUCGGCAUCUCUUUCACAAUAUGGAGGAAGUCAUACCAUCCGCCUCGAAGAAGAUACAGCACAACUGCGCCGUACACUGCACGCAUAUGUACAGGCGGUUGAGAAAUGGACCGCAGUCCGGAAAUUGCAGUACUGUCCCGCAUCUGCCAUUUGCUACAUUGCUCUCUUCUUGCUUCAAGAAUAUCAUUGGAAACAAAUUGGCGCCACAACUGCGCAAGAAAUACGAAGCACCAUCUUUUACGAGACCAAAUCUGCCUGGGAAGCCAUCUGUAUCAUGGCCAAAGACCCAGAUGUGGGUUGUGUAGAUCCACCUAUUUCGAGGAUCGCGGGUGAACUCUCGACGUUGUUUCGGCAAAUGAUAUACCAGACCACGGCCCAGUUCAUAAUGGUUGGGUUUGGGGAUCCCGAUGCAGACACCAAAGCUAAGAUUGAAAGUCUCACGGGCAUUUUACAUGUUAUGGAACCGCGUUGGCACCUCUCAACUGUGUUGCUGAAUAUUCUCGAGGCUAAAAAAGCCAAGUUGGUAUCAGCAGCAUCUGAUUUGAGAUUUGGUCUAGCCAAGGAUACUGAUUAUAAGUUGUCAAGCCGUGUUAUCGUUUUCCACUUUUUUACUCUGCUACGGAAGAUGGCAGCCUUUAGUCAGGCUCCAAUAAGUCGUAGCGACUUUGAAAUCGGAAUACUUUGCUCAACAGAUCUCGACUACACCGCUAUAUGCCUCCUUUUAGAUGAUUGCUGGGACGCGGAAGGGUAUACAUUUGGCAGAGUCGAGGGAGACUUCAACUUCUAUGUCACAGGCCGCAUCGGAUCUUUCAAUGUUGUUAUUUUGAAGCUAAGCGAUAGAGGCAAGGCUUCGGCAGCAGCAGCAGCAACCAGCCUCCGCUCAAGUUAUCACGAUCUCAAGCUCAUCUUCAUAACCGGAAUCUGCGAUGGCGUCCCAGGCACAAAGGGUGAAGACGGAGAGCUUGCGCUAGGAGAUGUCGUCAUCAGUAAGAGCAUCGUCCAAUAUGACCUCGGCCGCCUCUACUCCGACAAACUCGCCAUCAAGACGGCCGUUGAAGACAGCCUUGGCAGGCCAUCUAGAGAUGUUCGGAACUUCAUCGCCGCCAUGAGCACUAGGCCACAUCGCAAGGCUCUGGAGAAGAGAGCGGCAGCUCAUCUGGCGCAGAUUCAGAAGGAGGCUGUCAAUAAAGUGAUUUACGAGUAUCCUGGCUCAGCUAAUGACAUUCUUUUCGAGUCUACAUACUAUCACGAGUGCCAUCAUUUACCGAAAUGUGCAUGCAUGGAUGACCCAUCUAAAGAGUUACCAUGCGAGGAGGCUGGUUGUGACUACAAUCGCCAGCUGCCUCGAAAGCGCUUUGAAGAUACGAAACGGUUGCAAGUCAACCGGGGUUGGUUUGUGUUCUUCGGAAGAGUUGGGUCUGGAGACACAAUUUCCAUGUCAGGAAUAUACCGUGACCAGAUCGCUCGAGAGCUGGACAUUAUAGCUCUCGAGACUGGAAGCGCCGGAGCCUGGGAUGAGCUGCCCUGUGUCAUUGUCAAAGGCGUAAGCGGCUACGGAGACGGUCAUAAGAACAAUAGUUGGAAUCAUUGGCAAAACUUUGCCGCUGCAACGGCUGCAUCAACCACCAGAGCACUUAUUGAGCGUUACCCUUCCACGGACAAAACACACAUCAUGAGGAAUCGCCAAGUGUACGAUGCUUGUCUCAAAGACUUAUUCAUAACAGAUCCCGAGGCUGACAAACUACGUAUUGAAAGCACAAAGGGUGGAUUGUUUGAGAAGGCGUACAAUUGGAUUCUCACGAAUGAGAAUUAUCUUCAAUGGCGUGACAAUGCCGAGUCCCGUCUACUGUGGAUUAAAGGCGGCCCUGGAAAGGGAAAGACAAUGCUGUUAUGUGGCAUCAUUGAUGAGUUAAAGAAGGACAGGCCGACCAGAAAUGUUUGUCACUUUCUAUGUCAGGCAACAGACUCUCGUCUUGAUAACGCGACCUCGAUCCUGCGUGGCUUAUUACACACAAUCAUCGGCCGACAACCUGUACUCUUCUCACACAUGAGAGAUGGGUAUGAAAAGGCAGGAAAAAAGCUAUUCGAGGAUACGAACUCCUGGUAUUCUCUUUCGCAAAUAUUUCUGAAUCUUGUCAACGACCCUACUCUACAAAGUCCAAUCAUCAUUAUCGAUGCACUUGAUGAAUGCAGGACAGAUCUAUCACAGCUUCUUGAUUUGAUAGCGAAAGACUUAUCAUCGCCCUCUUCGAAAGUAAAGUGGUUGUUAUCAAGUCGCAACGAACAGGACAUCAUAAACGCAUUAGAAACAACCAAAAAUAAACGCGCUAUAAGCCUCGAACUCAACGCCGGUUCGGUAUCUAAGGCGAUCGCAGAUUACAUCAACCAUCAAGUGCAGGCGCUCUCCAAGCUAAAGCAAUAUACGCAAGAUCAGGAAUCCAAGGUUGAAAGGUAUCUCCAUGAAAACGCAAAUGGCACAUUUCUCUGGGUGGCCUUGGUUUGCGCACAACUCAAGGGGGCUUCUCGUUCUGAUCCCCUGCCGAAGCCAUCUGAGUUUCCAGCAGAACUAAACAGUUUAUAUGGGCGAAUGAUCACCAAAGUGUGCGACCUCAAAGUAUCAGGCCAAGGAAGGAAAAUCCUCGCUAUUGCUACUGUCUCACGCCGACCUCUCACUAUGAAAGAAUUUAAUUCCCUUGUCGACACUUCUGAGGAUCAUAGACAGUCUCUGGAACUGGUCUGGGGCGACAUUUUGGGCUACUGUGGCUCAUUCCUGACUUUGAGAGAUGGUAUAGUCUAUUUUGUGCAUCAGUCGGCCAAAGACUUUCUGGUCACAGAGGCAUCAGCUCAACUAUUCCCCGACGGUUUAAGGCUUGUUCAUACAAACAUCUUCAAUCAUUGUAUAUCUGCAAUGAACAAUACUUUAAGGAGAAAUAUGUAUGGCCUGGAAAAUCCCGGGUGUAUGGCGAAUCAAAUCACCUUGGAUCAAGUCAAAUCUAGCUCGCUCACCUCCGUCGCGUAUUGCUGUGUCUAUUGGAUUCAUCACUUCGAGCAAUCGGUGGCCGAAUCUGCAUUGGGUACUUCAGACAACACAGAAAUACAUAAGAUGCUGUAUACUUUCCUUAGUGAAAAAUACGUAUACUGGCUAGAAGCUCUUAGUCUUCUCAAGUCCGUAUUUACUGGGAUGGAGGAUCUACAGAGGCUCAAGAGCCUAAUUAUUGACGAACGAGUAUCGGGACUAAAAGACCUUGUCCAGGAUAACUACCGAUUUAUCCAGAUGUUUGGAAACGUUGUAGCAGAUUUCCCUCUACAGGUAUACAUGUCUGGCUUACUAUUCAGCCCAACACAAAGUCUCACACAUAGGCUGUUCACAAAAGAGUCUCCAAAAUGUAUUCAACUUCUUCCCAAAAAAGAAAUGAGCUGGAACCAAUACCUACAAAGAUUUGAUGGCCAUACGGACGCUAUUAACAGCCUCGACGUCUCUCGUUGCGGAACAUGGUUAGCAUCUUCAUCCGAGGAUGAGACAAUAAAGAUUUGGGAAACCAAGACAGGAAGAUUGAUACGAAGCAUGAAAACUCACUCGUAUUCAAGCAUAAGCUUUUCUCCAUGGAACAGCAACAAGAUAGCAUGUGGAGGUCUCCACAUGGACGAGAUUAUUGUCUGGGAUAUCAUCACAGGCAAGAUGUUGCAGCAAAUCAAGCUUCCCGAAACAGAAUUCAUUAGGAUGCUUUCGCUGCUACCCUCGGUACAAAAUGAACUAGGAUGCGUUUCACACACAAAGGACGGCAAAUCUAUGGACAUCUCGUUCUAUAACACAAAGACUGGGGAGAUGACCAAUCUGGUCAAAUUCCCUCUAACGGAACAAGAGGUUCAUUAUCUUGUCGCGUUGUCUCCCAAGGACAGCAGAACAUUUGCAGCAACGCCAACAUGGUCUGGGUUCUCCAACGUACAUGGCCCCGAAGUCAAAGUAUACAGUUUGAACGUGAACAACGAACUUCAAGAUUUGCAAUGCUUCACAUGUCUACGAACCGAAGCGAUAAGAUUUUCGCAGAGUGGCCAUCUCAUAGUUGUGCAUGCAAUGUCUAAGUCGCGCUGCAUUUCGAUGUUUGACGUGGCAACGGGUGCGACGCUAUGGAAAUCUCCAAUAGAUAUUGACCUUUCCCCUCCCCAUCUCGCCGUAUCAAGAGACGGGCGACUUGCAUUAUGCGACUGCAACAAGGUUGAUGUUCUCGAUGCCGCUACUGGAAAAAUGCUAUCGACGCAAAAGAUUGAACCUGGCGACAUGGCAUUCCCAUAUGCGCAAGACGGAAAUAAUAUAUAUGUUGCCAGUCAAAACGUCAUUAAUGUUGUGGAACUCGGUUCACGAGAGCCAUCCCGGAAGAAUCCAAGCACCAGCCAUAUCGAGCAGUUAACCUCAGCAUACAAAGGUGCCGUACUUUCACCCGAUGGGAGACAGCUGGCCACAUUCACAAGGGGCAGGGUGCCAAUGAUAGUUGUCUGCGAUACCUUGUUCCAGAAGAGGACUUGUAUCUAUCGAGUACGCGGCUUUGGAAAUUCUUGUGCCCUUGCAUUCUCCCCGGAUUCGCGAAAGCUAGCCUGCUUGCUGGACGGCAAGCUUGGAGUAUGGGACGUAUCGUCGGGAUCAAAGACGAAGAAGCUCCUCAACCACAAACAUUACAGCGAAAGCUAUGGCUACACGGUACUCUUCUCCAAAGACGGUAAGUAUCUCGCUGUUGCUUAUACCAGUCUCGAGACUUCGGAACGGGCCAAGGUGAAGGUUGAGAUUUGGAAUGUCGAUACAUCGCAGCGUUUUAUCUACCUGGAGUUUUUGAAGGGCCAAGAUGAGAGGCUGUGGAGAACUUUUCUUGCCUUUUCACCAAGCGGCGAGCUUCUGGCAUUUUCAUGGCAUGUUACUGAAAGAAAUCUCACGAGAAUCGAAGUUUGGGACGUUGCUUCUCGCAAAGGAGUCUUUUCCAAGAGCAUCUGCGGCGACGACUUGAAAUCUUCUACCGGAGGCCCGUCUCCUCAAAUCAGACCCAGCAGUUCUUCUCGGUCCACUACAGAGCCAGUCAGGCUUAAGCGGCUAUCUUUCCUGGACGAAAGUCAUUUGAUCCUCGACAUGUUUGACCAGCGCGAUAUCCGAGUCAUACUGGAAACGAAAAAGAGCUCAGAGCCGGCAGAGCAACUAAAUAAAGAACUUGUUCAUUUAAGAGACGACACCGAUCUCACCAUCGACCAGUCCAAUUCCUGGAUCAACUUUCGAGGUGAAAAGCUCCUGUGGCUACCUCCCGAGUACCGCCCUGACGAAAACCUGUGGGAUAUUCAACAGAACUGCAUUGUCAUCACAGAGCCCUACGAAGGGCGCCUCUUUGGCUUGAAGUUCUGCUGCAUUGGCUGCAUUGGACGGGUUUUCACCCCGGGCUGGCAACCGGGCGAAAGCAGAUUGUGCUCCGUAGAUGUCGAGGCGCCUGUAGCAAGGCCUGAGCUUAGUGAUGGCGAACUGGAGUUUCUCACCAUGGAUGCACCAGACGACAAGAUGAUGGAGUUUAGUAAAUCUCGAAACUACGAAGGUAGGGAGAUCUUCUUAAGUCUUCGCUUCAAAAUGUCUGCCGCCAAUCCCCCCAAGUUCAUCUACAAAAUCUUGCCCGCCGCCCCUCAAGACCCGCUGCCCGAGCAGUUUCCCUUCUCACAACUCGAUGCAAACGACGGCUUCGUGCACCUGAGCACGUCUACGCAGGUCCCAAACACGGCCGACUUGUUCUUUACUGAGGCGACGGAGCUGUGGCUCAUCAAGCUUGAGCUGGCAAAGCUGGCGGACCCGCUGAAAUGGGAUGACGGGUUCCCGCAUCUGUACGGCAACUUUGGCGCGGCAGAUGUUCACAGCUUGGAGAAAUUUGAGAGAAGAGAGGGGCAAAAGUGGUCGGAAGGCAUGAAGGCUUCAGCUUGGUUAGAGUAG